AUGUGCUAUGACCGCUACGUUGCCAUCUGCAAACCCCUGCACUACGGGACCCUCCUGGGCAGCAGAGCUUGUGCCCACAUGGCAGCAGCUGCCUGGGCCACUGGCUUUCUCAGUGCUCUGCUGCACACAGCCAAUACAUUUUCCCUGCCCCUGUGCCAGGGCAAUGCCCUGGGCCAGUUCUUCUGUGAAAUCCCACACAUCCUCAAGCUCUCCUGCUCACACUCAGGCUACCUCAGGGAAAUUGGGCUCGUUGGGUUUAGUGUCUGUUUAUCAUUUGGUUGUUUCAUUUUCAUUGUUUUCUCCUAUGUGCAGAUCUUCAGGGCUGUGCUCAGGAUCCCCUCUCAGCUGGGAUGGCGCAAAGCCCUUUCCACUUGCCUCCCUCAUCUGGCUGUGGUCUCCCUGUUUGUCAGCACUGCCAUAUUUGCUGACCUGAAGCCCCCCUCCAUCUCAUCCCCAUCCCUGGAUCUGGCACUAUCAGUUCUGUACUCCGUGGUGCCUCCAGCACCGAACCCCUUCAUCUACAGUCUGAGGAACAAGGAGCUCAAGGAUGCCCUGAGGAAAAUCAUAACUUCCAAACCAAACCAUUCCAUGAUCCUGUGA